AUGCUCAACAGCGACGACGGAAACUCUCGCCGUCGGCGUCUCUAUGACCCGACACGCGUUGACACCCCGCUCAAACAUUCACUGAGCUCUCAAGCAAUGGCACAUUCUACUUUUUUUACCCCAUUCCUUUGCCUUAAAAACUACGCUCAAUUCAUCGUCCCGUACACUCUAAGGGAAGAGUGUGUAUGGACGUGUGCUCCAAAGCUCCCCAUCAAAACAACCAAGAUUCCCGUCGCAGAGGAAUCUAACGAAAGUUCAAAACCGCCCGCUGGCGGUAGUAUUCUUGAGCAAAUCGCUCUCGUCGACAUCUACGCUGAACCACUGCUAAGAGCUAGCCAAGUUCAGCUUGACAAGAACGCCGAGCCGCCGUGGGAUCCAGAUCCGAUUGCUUGA